UGUUGUGUAGUGAAGCAACUGUUUGUGCUUUUACUCCUUGCAAGCCGAGGCCAUGGCGCGGCGAGGUCGAGUGCGUAUCCUUCCCGACCUCGCCACUAGCGGAAAUCCGUUCGUGCUCGACUUGCAAUUUAGCGCGCUGGAGCGCGCAAAGCUGAUCGUGGGAGGGCUAGUUCUGCUGCCCAUCCGCGUGUUGCUGAGCGUGUUGUUUGCGUCCGUUCUGUACGUGUUGGUCACACUGACUGCGAUUGGAUGGAAACAUGGCGGGCAUCUGAAAAACUGGCAGAAAGUCCUGCUCACCACCGUCAUUCCGCCUGUGCUUCGCUGCUGGACGUUCGUGCUGGGUUAUUACGCAAUACCAGUCCUGGGCACUCGGGCCAGCGCCUCCGAGGCGCCCAUCUACGUGGUCGCCCCGCACAGUCACGUGAUGGAGCCCUGGCUGCUGAAUCCGUACAGCCGCGGUUCGCCGCUGUCGAAGAAGGAGAACGAGCAUUUCCCGUUCAUGGGCCGGGUCAUCAAGUCCUCCGAGCCCAUCUGGGUGGACCGGGAGGCCAAGCAGAGAUCGAACACGGUCGAGCGCAUAGUUCAGAGAGUAGCGUCGCCGGGCUUCUGGCUGCCGAUCGUGAUCUUCCCGGAAGGCACGACUCACAACGGCGAGUGCGUGAUCGGCUUCAAAACGGGCGCGUUCCGCCCUGGGCUGCCCGUCCAGCCCAUCCUGUUCCGUUUCGGCGAGCGCGACGUGGGUGCGUACGUGGCGUUCGACCGCUCGCUGGUCGGUAUCCUACUGCUGGUGAUGAUGCAGUGGCGGAACACGUUCUCCGUCCAGUACCUGCCCGUGUACACGCCGAGCGACGCGGAGAAGCACGACGCCCAGCUGUACGCUGCCAACGUCCGUCGUCUGAUGGCCGCGGAGCUACGGAAGCCCGUCAACGACUGCGGUCUGGAAGACCUGCGGCUGAUGGAGAUAGCAGAGGGUGCUGGGCUGCCGAAGGAAUGCGCGCUGAUCGAGUUCAACCUCAUGAAUCGUCUGUUCCAAGUCGACCUCGCCGCGCUCAAGACGGUCAUGCGCCGGUUUGUGCGCAUGAACACGCGCAAGACCGGCUCCGUCAGCUGGUCCGAGUUUGCAGCGAGCCUUUGCUGGCCCAACGCCGAGCACGCACAGCUUCUGUACGACGAGUAUGACACACGGUCCGGCUGCGGCGAGCUAGCGUUCCGCGAGUACGUCGUGGGUACGCUGGACCUGGCAGGCCGUGUUGCCGAUGCCGACAAUCUGGUUGUCACGGCGUUUGCCGCGCUGUCAGCACGGCAACGCUGCAUCACGGAGGAGAGCGCGCUGCGUGCGUUUCAUGAGCGCGGACACAUGUGUGUUACCGACGCCGCCGUCCGUGUGUUCUUGCGCCGAGCGACGCGAGAGCAGGAGCUCACGGAGCUGCGGUUUGUGGCGUACGUGGAGGAGAACCCGGACGCAAAGGUCCUGUUGAAAUGGUUUCUUGACGGCGUAGACAGCCUCUGAUACAGUGUGUGUGUGUGUGCGUGCGUGUGUGUGUGUAUGUAUGUGGCAGCUCUUUUGUGAAACUCAUGCGGCUAUAUGCCUGUUGGCUCUGGCAGCACGCUGUGGGUGCAACGCAAACUCCCGUUUGUUCCCGCAGCAUGCAGAUGGUGCAAUACGUGCUUCCGUCUGCUCAUCCAGCUGCUGUGCAAGCAUCCUUGCCAGCGGACAAAGCGCUUCGCCGCAACUUGACAUCGCUGGAAUACGGCUGUUGGUGACCAUGAAGCUCGUUGCCCUGCACGCUGCACGCCUCAUGCAGACACGCUAGUGCCCACGUGACCGACUCACUGCAUGGCCAAACGAUGCACACUCUGCUUGUAAGUAUGAGUGCGGGCAGACCACUAGCCCGCGAAAGGAAUACUGCUAACGUUGCAGGUGAUAUGACGUAAUGCCUUGUUUUAUAAGGUAUGCCAAACUCAAGCCACUCCAAGGCUCAGUUGAAUCAAUAAAAUUAAUUUUACUGGAGUAAAUUACCGACAAAUCCGAGUUGUGCAGUAAUCGAAGCCCAUGCAUGCACUUUCGGAUGACAUGUUCAGAACUGAGGUUUCCGGUGCCCAACGCAGGAAUAGACAUGGCUGAAAUUAAGCCGUAAAGAUAGUAGAAUAAUUCUGAUAACACUAAUCCGCGUCUGUCUUUCGUUUCAAUUCUAAGAACCUGAUGCUCGUGUUGAACCUGAUGCUCGUGUUGAACCUGAUACUGUAAUUUAUCGUAACGGAGCUGUUUCAACGUCGUGCAUGCAUUCGACCGAUGAUAUUGCCGAGCUGAGCUUGAUCGCUGCCGUGCACCUGUUGCCGUCUGGUGAUGUGGAUACACAGAGCUGCUGCUGACCGGCGCACUGCGUGUACCCCUGCAGAGUGUUUUUGUACGCGUGCACUGUAGUGUGCUUGAUGUCCUCUGCGACUUCGGGCUUUCGGGUACUAUUCUGUGCUACCCGUGCUACCCGAGGUCCUCACGGGUAGCACGCGUACCCGCCGACCCGUGCACACGACUACUAUACUGGCUCAUGCGGAUUACACAUCAUGCUAUAGGCGCAUGCGGAUUACACGAUCAUCACGUUGUGCUGCUACCAAACUCACAGUCUUGUACACUAGGCAUGGGUCUCUUCUAUUAUUUAUUUCACUCUACUUUUUCUGAGUAAUCACCGGCUGUAUAAUUAUGAUCUGGUUAAAUUAGUGGACAGUUAGUCCUAAAGCGCAACAUUUUGUCCUCCUUUUUUUUGCCAUAAUUAAACUGGCUCAUCAUCCGAGUUCUAGUUUUUCUGACAUGGCAAUAGCUAUAGAUACCGGUAUAGACGGAUACAUUGUAGACUAGUAUUGAGAUAAGUUGUACAACAGCCGACGUAUACUAGACAGGAAUGCCAGCCUUUCCGCCUCGCUAAUUCUGCUUAUUGAUAUUUUAAUGAUUACAAUCUUGGCGUCGCCUUUCCUCUUCCGUGAGGUGUGAUCUCUGUUGUAUGGUAUCUUGAAUUGAACAUGUCAGAUUGAUUGAUGGACUCAAUAGUAGUGAAUACACAAUAUUAACAUACCGUCGGGCGCAUCAGCUGAUGCCUAACCAA